AUGGCAUCUUUGCAAAACAGUCAAGGACCAACAACAGGAGACCACCAACAGGAAUCUAUUUUCAAAGGCCGUGCAACAGAUGGGAAGAGAUCCAUUGGAAGAUCUUCAAGCUCCAUUUCUACUGCACAGAAGAUGAAGCAGAAGAGGAAACUGACCUCUUUACCUUCAUUACCACUCCAGAAGUGUGCAAGUAAAAGCUACGCGAGUGUCAACAGCGAAGAGGACACAGAAUGUUACAAUGUGAUAGGCCCAGAUGUUUUGCUCACCCCUCCCAUGAUCAACCUGAUCCCUCCUACUCCAUCCAAUUUGAUUGAUGAUGAUCAGUUUUUUGAAAUAAACUCAGAGGAAGGAAGUAUGACACUGUCUUCAGGCAGUGAAUGUGCAGACAGCCCAGGAAGUCCGAAGGACAGACAUACUGACAGCUACAAGACUGGCCAAGGUCCAGAGAUAAGGAGAAUCUGCAGUACUUACAGUGAUAAUGUUAGCCAUAUGGAAGGAGAUGCAUCAGUGAUAACUCCAGGCAACACUGUAAAAUCUGACAUAUAUCUGCUUGACAAGUUUUUAGAAGCGAACAGAGAUAAUGUUUCUUUACAGCAUGGGUCAAAUUCCAAUUGGAACUCAGAGGAAAAGUUUUAUUCAGAUGCUGAAUCUAAUGCAUUAAGUCGGGUGAAUUUGUUCAGAAACUAUCAAGUGGCUCAGCUUCCGCAGUACACAAGAAAAAAAAACUUCAACUCAGGCAUCAACUUGUUGCAGUUCACCGAACAGAACUUGGAUGAUCUAAAUAACAAGGAAGCAAGCACCAGGGAACUCUUGAAGGCAAAACUCCGACUGAAGCCCCUGAAUAUCAAGCUGGAUUCAACAUUGCAAAUAAAGAGGUCAGCAGCUAGAACGUGCAGUCUGGGUGAUGUGAAGACCAUCGCUGGAGACCUUAAGAGCCUAGGGUUAGCUCCAGACUCAGGAACAGAGAGAGGCGACUCGUCACGGCAACGGCGAAUCACUGUUGCUUCCUACAUUCCUUCUUCUGUAGACAAGAAUGGGAAUUUGAAGGACAUGGUGGAUACCAAAGAACAGAGGGACAAAUCUCUAGAGGAAAUGAACACAGACGAAGUCUGUGAAUGGUUCAAAAACCUUGGACUGCAGAGGAGUAUUCCCUUCAUCAAAGAGGCUAAAUUGCAAGGACACCAGCUCGCUGCAAUUGACUUGGAAAUCCUUGACCUACUCCAGCUAACGACUACAGAGGAGAAAGAGAAUCUGUUGUCCUCAAUUUACAAAGAACUCCAUCCGAUGGACACAACCAGCCAAAACUUUGACAAGCUCCUUGAGACAAUCGGCCCUUAUGAUGUCGAGAGAUUUACAGCUGCCCUGGUUGCUCUUAGUGUCUCUCAGAUGCCUCAGUCUUCAGAACGGAUCAGCCAUCCAUCAAGUCACUUCAAGGACAGGGAAGAUAAACAACUGGAGAAAAAAACAAUAAAGAAGUCUAACUUGGUCAAUUUAUCAGUGAAAGCUUUUCAGAGAAAGCUGCAGCUGAAAGUCCCGAGGGAUUCAACAGUUGCUAAAGUAAUUGAUGCAUGUUGGAAAAUUUUGGGGCUGAAAGAUGAUGCCAGUCUUCUGUCCCUGAACAUUGUAACCAGCAGAACGGGUAAAGUGGUCGAGGAACUCCAAGCUGACAAACAAAUAGGGGAGCUGAAACUUUUGGGAAGAAAAGAGCUUAAACUUCAGCUGUGCAAGAAAAACAGCAGCAAUUUCAACAAGCUGGAAAAAGAGGCAGAGUCACAUGUGAAAAAUGAGUCUUGCCAUCCUGACCUAGCACCAGAGCCUGGUGUCGCUCCAACUUCACCUCAAGGCUAUCUGCAGAUUGGACACCAAAGCUGUCAGAAGGAACUGAGAAAUGAAGAAAAUGAGGCAAGUGAAUUAAAGCAGCGUGUGAACCUCAGUCUGGCUCAUUGUCAGGUAUUGGUUUUUGUAAUAAACCUGGCUGCUGAAACUCCUCAACCAUCAAAUGCAGCUGGAAUUCUGUUUGAAUUUCCGACCUUCAGUGAAAAAGAAACGGAAGCUGAAUCAAAUGAAUUGUAA